AUGGCGACUCAUGUUGAGUAACCAGUGACUAAAUAAGAGAAUUCGAAACCCUCUCCUAAUGUCCAACCUGGAGCUAUUCCGUCAUCGUCUUUCUUCUUGAAUUUAUUCGUCGUUUCUGUGUUCUCAGGCCUACCACAUUCAAAAUGUCUGUCGAGAUCCUCACCACGAUUUCCCCCAACACGAACGAACCCAUCAUUACCCGCAAUGGCAUCUCAGCAGAAGACGUAGAGCUCCUGCCACAGACUGCCACGGAUGCAUUCAAGACCUGGAGCAAGACUACACUGGCCGACAGGCAGGCCAUUGUGAAGAAGGCCUUGAAGUGGCUCACAGACCACGAGGAUGAGUUGGCUCUGGAGCUUACCACACAGAUGGGCAGGCCCAUCAACUACACUGGCAAGGAGGUUUCUACGGCUGUCAAGCGAUGCGAGUACCUCCUCAAGAUCAGUGAGGACACCCUAAAGGACACGGAGGGCGAGGCGGAGAAGGGUUUCAAGAGGUUCAUCCGGAAGGUCCCUGUCGGGCCUGUGCUCAUCCUCUUCCCGUGGAACUAUCCUUAUCUCACCUUUGUCAACUCUCUCAUUCCUGCCCUCCUUUCUGGAAACACAGUCAUUGUCAAGCCCUCGCCCCAAACACCAACCGUUGUCGAGCAGGUCCACAAGGCUUUCACUGAAGCUGGCCUGCCAGCAGGCGUCUUCCAGUAUUUCCACUGCGGCUCGCCCACCACCAUCGAGGCUAUUGUUCGCAAUCCACUAGUGUCCUUGGUGUGCUUCACUGGCUCGGUGGCCGGAGGUCUAGCCGUCCAGAAAGCUGCCUCAGAUCGUGUUGUUGGUGUUGGCCUGGAACUCGGCGGAAAGGACCCUGCAUAUAUCCGCGACGAUGUGGACAUUGCAUGGGCGGCGGAGGAAAUUGUUGAUGGUGCUGUGUUCAACUCCGGGCAGAGCUGCUGCUCCGUCGAGCGUGUCUAUGUCGACGAGAAGGUUUAUGACAAAUUCGUCGAGGCCGUGCAGGCCGUGCUGAAGGGCUACAAACUGGGCGACCCUUUCGACAAGAGCACACAUGUCGGUCCAGUUAUUUCCAAGCGAUCCAAGGAGACUAUCGAGGCGCACAUCAAGGACGCGCUGGACAAGGGAGCCAAGGAUGCCACGCCCAAGAACGAGACUUUCAGCAACCCUCCGCCCAAGGGCAACUUUGUCAAGCCGACGCUGCUGACGGGUGUCACCCAUGAGAUGGCCGUCAUGACAGAGGAGACUUUCGGCCCUGUGAUUCCCGUCAUGAAGGUCAAGAGUGACGAGGAAGCCGUCAAGCUCAUGAACGACAGCGACUUUGGUCUGACCGCCAGCAUCUGGACCAAGGAUACCGCCAAGGGCUACGAGCUGUGUGAGCAGGUCGAGGCCGGCACUGUCUUUGUCAACCGCUGCGAUUUCCCAAGCCCGGAUCUCGCCUGGACGGGCUGGAAAAAUUCAGGCAAGGGGCAGACACUGAGUCGUUUUGGAUUCGACCAGUUCGUGAAGCUAAAGAGCUAUCAUCUGAAAGAUUACCCCAAAUAACUGAGAUGAGACUAAGAGGCGGCGCUGAAGGUGUUGGUGAAGCAAGGGGUGGCCGCAACCGGAAGUUGAAGACCAAGCCGCAGCGCACGAGGUGUAUCAAACUCAUCUCUCAUCUGCUCUCCCUUCGUCUACCUGAUUGCCGUCCCGACGCGCUAGAAAAUCAAUUAAAGUAGGACGCGUUCCUCGCGUGAAUUCCUG